CUUGUAUUCCUCUUUCUCUUUCACAUUAUUUACUUUUCUCUUCGGAGAUUCCCUUACAAACAACAAGACUCAUUUUUCACGUCUCGUACUCAGACCCAUACUUAAACCACCUAUCUACCCACCCAACGAACACAACACAACACCUCCAUCCAAACACCACUACACUCCCACCCACCACCUCAAAACCUCAAAAUGAACGCCGCCUCCCUCGGCGACACCGCCCUCCAACAGUCCGACCCCCACACCGCAACAAUCCACUACACGACCGCCCUCCUCACGCACCCGCGCUCGCCCAGCUACUUCAUCAAACGCUCAACAGCCUUCUCGCGCCUAAAGCCCACACCGAACCUCUCCGCCGCCCUCCGCGAUGCCGAAUCCGCCGUUCUUCUCGCCCGCGAGCGGGGGAAACGCGAGCUGAUCGUCGAGGCGCAGAUGCGGAGAGCCAUCGUUUUGUUUCUCAUGGGGAGAUACGUUGCUGCGGAGGGGGUGGUGGGCGUGGUGGAGGGUAUGAUUGGAUUGGAUAAGGACGGUAAUGGUGGGGAAGAUAAGGAGGAGAAGGUGAGGAAGGCGAUGGGGGGUGGUGCUGGGAAGGGUAUUGAGGCGGAGGUGAGGAUUUGGGGAGCGAAGAUUAGGGCGAAGGUCAACGGUUUGGGCGAGCAGAGUGGUGAGGGUGGGGAGAAGGUGGAGGAGGUUCCGGUGGGGGUUAAAGUGCCGGGGGAGAAGGAGUUGAAGGGGCAGUUGGAGGAGUUGAGGGGAGGGAAGGUUGGUGAGGGUAUUGGUGGUGAAGAGAAGGAAAGUCAGAAGCUUGAGGAUAAGGUGGAGGAGAAGGAGAGAGCUGAGGUCAAGGAGACUCAGCAGCAGCAGCAACAACAACAGCAGCAGCAGGUCAAGGUCCGUCAUGAAUGGUACCAGUCCGGUGAGACGGUUGUUGUGACGCUCUACGUAAAAGGCGUGCCCAAGGAUAAAGUGGCUAUUGAGCUGAAAGAGGACUCGACAUCCAUUCAAUUCCCCCUCCCCUCCGGCGCCGAAUACGACUUCACUCUCGACCCCCUCUUCGCUCCCAUCGACCCCUCCACCUCUAAAGUCUCCGUCUUUUCCACAAAGAUCGAAAUCUCCCUGCGCAAGAAAACUCCCGGCCAGAAAUGGAGCGCCCUGGAAUCUACCACCGGACCUGUCAUCUCUACUCCCCAGCCCACGGUUACACCCACCACUACCACCACACAAGCCCAAGCCCCAUCAUACCCCACCUCCUCCCGACACGGCGCCAAAGACUGGGACAAGCUCGCCUCCAGCCUAACCCAGAAACCGAAAAAGGACAAGACCAAGAGCAGCUCAAAGCCCAAGGAUGAACAAGGAGAAGGAGAAGAAGAUGAUGGUGAAGCAUCCGACGCCGAAUCCAUCAACUCCGACUUCGGAGGCGGUGAUGCCGUCGAUGGCUUCUUCAAGAAACUCUAUGCCAAUGCGGACCCGGAUACCCGCCGCGCUAUGGUGAAGAGUUAUGUGGAGAGUCAGGGGACGUCGUUGAGUACGAAUUGGGAUGAGGUUGGGCAGGGGCCGGUUAAGGUUAGGCCGCCUAGUGAGUAAUUUUCUUUCUUCUUUUCUUUCUUGGUAUCUGAGAGAAAGGAAAGAGGGGAGGAAGAAAGGAAUGUGAGUUGGAAGAUGGAGAAGAAGGGGGUAUGCAAAUUGAAAGCGUGGAGUUAUGGUCUACAUCCAUGUUGUGGGUGCAUGUGGGUGGUGUUUUAGGUUCUGGAGUUGCUUCCCUUGCUAGUUACUUGUUUUGUGUAGCUUAGCCUUAGCUUAGCUUAGCUCUGCUUUACUUGUGUAAUGGUAAUCAUUGCGAGAUGUCGAG